GGCGCUACUACAGUCGUUCUUUCUAGCUUCGAUGUAAAAACAUUUUGCGAAGCAAUUCAAAAGCAUAAAGUUAAUCAUAUUUAUGCUGUUCCACCAAUUAUAAUUAAACUUGUUGAUGAUCCAGUGGUUCAAAAUUAUGAUUUGUCAAGUGUGAAAAUGGUUAUAAGUGCUGCUGCCCCAUUAGGUGAUAAAUUGGAAAAAAAAUUCUAUGAAAUGUUUAAAAUACCAGUUUUGCAGGCUUAUGGACUUACGGAAACCUCCCCAAUAUUACAUUAUCCUGAUUUAAUAAACCCUACCCCGGGCUCUAUUGGGAAGCUCAUUCCAAAUGUGAAAGCUAAAAUAUUGUCUAAGGAUGGUCAUGAAUUAGGAUACAAUGAAUGUGGUGCAUUAUACGUUCAAGGACCAAAUGUUAUGAAAGGUUAUCUUAAUAAUAAAAAGGCUACAGAUGCAGUCUUCGACAAAGAUGGAUUUUUUGAAACUGGCGAUGGUUUUCAAGUGGCACCUGCUGAAUUGGAAUCGAUUCUGCUCACUCAUGAUGCUGUAUCAGAUGCUGCAGUAAUUGGUGAUUAUUGUGAGGCUGAAGCAACAGAAAUUCCUAUAGCAUAUGUCACAAUUAAAAAUGGACAUGAACAAUCUCAAGAUUUGGUGAAACAAAUUCAAUCUUAUGUUAAUAAAAAAGUUGCUCCACAUAAGAAACUAAGAGGCGGUGUUUUGUUUAUUGAUAAAAUUCCAAAAAGUGAUUCUGGUAAAAUUCUUAGAAGGGUAUUAAGGGAUAAAUUAAAGCAGGAUAAAAUGGUAAAUUAA